AUAAGCCAAGAGGAUUUGGCCUCGAGUGUCUCUUAAAUUUGAGAAGGAGCUUGAGAGCAAAGGUGGAGAUGGCCAAUCUUAGAAGCUGCAGAUUUCAGAUAUUAUUGUUUGCUUUUCAGUUUCUUAUGUUAUUACAGACCAAAGUGUCAUGUUUACAGUACAAGGUUGGAGAUUUAGAUGCUUGGGGAAUUCCCACUUCUGCAAAUCCAUCAGUUUAUACCAACUGGUCCAAGAACAACAACCCCAGGAUUGGAGAUUCUCUCUUGUUUUUGUACCCACCAAGUCAAGAUUCAGUGAUUCAAGUCUCGGAAUCAUCCUACAAUUCAUGUAACAUUACUGAUCCAAUUCUGUACAUGAACAAUGGCAACUCUCUGUUUAACAUCACUGCAAAUGGGGAUUUUUUCUUCACCAGUGGAGAGCCAGGGCACUGUGAAAAGAAGCAGAAGCUACAUGUAGCAGUCGGGAAUGUGUCUGCUUUUUCUCCUUCUUCUGAUCCUGGUGCAUUUCCUGCCAAUGCACCCUCUUACCCGACUGUGUUUGGUCCUAUUCCACAGCCACCACCUACAUCUUCGUCGCCAUUGCAGCUAAGUUUUUCAGUCUUCUUUACAGCUGUUAUUGGAUCAGCAGCUUCUGCAAUAUUCAAUGGCAUCCUGUGAAGAGCAUAAAUGUUCUGAUUCCAGCUUCUUUUCUUCUUAAAUCUUUACAAUUUUUUUUCAUUUUACACUUCUCUGCAUCAUUGGUUCUAUAAAUUUUGGCUUUAUUCAAGUUUAA